GCAAUUAGAGUAGGAAAACCCCUAUUAUCGAAGUGUCUAAUUCGGCAGUUUGAACAUCGGUGACGAAAACAUGCCGCAUGUCUUAUCCGAAUUGCAGUUGAAAAGAUUAACGGAGCACAAAUAUAGUGCUACCGGCAGUUCGAUUUUAGAGCCUCUUAUGCAAAAGUUUUGGCGAUGGAUUGUUGAGCAAAUUCCGUUGUGGUGGGCCCCGAACGCGAUAACACUUACCGGGUUAUUCUGCAAUGUCGCCACGACGAUAAUCUUAUGCUACUACAGUCCAGAUAUACAGGGAAAGCCUCCAGCCUGGGCGUUUUUACUAUGUGCCAGUGGUUUGUUCAUGUACCAAGUCCUUGACGCCAUUGACGGUAAACAAGCUAGGCGGACAAACUCUUCUUCUCCAUUAGGCGAGCUCUUCGACCACGGUUGUGACUCGGUGUCAACAGUAUUCGUGGUGUUAGGCUGCUGUAUUGCUGUACAAUUAGGAAAACAUCCGUCUUUCGUGUUUAUUGAAGUUUUCACUACCAUCUUCCUCUUUUAUGCUGCUCAUUGGCAAACCUACGUUACGGGUACAAUGAAAUUCGGGAAACUAGACGUCACUGAAGCGCAAAUUUCCAUCAUAACUAUCCAUAUAUUAACGGCAAUAUUUGGGAUUGAGAUAUGGGAUACGCCAGUACCGGUUAUCGGAGAACUUAGGUUUGCUCCCGUGUACUUUAGCAUAUUUACUGCCAUAUUGGCCUCAAGGCUCUACUUUGGUACUAUCUUCAUCCAAGGAGGAGCAGGAAAAAAUGGAUCUACUAUAGCAGGAACAUCCACUCUAUUUCCGGCAUUACCUAUUGCAACAGUUGUUAUUUUGGCCUUAAUUAUCUCCUAUAAAUCAGCAUCUAACUUGUUCGAAACUCAUACUACUCUAUACUGCGUUAGUUUUGGAAUUGUAGCUGCAAAGGUGAUCAACAAACUCGUCGUCGCGCAUAUGACAAAAAGUGAAAUGGAUUUACUUGAUCCCUGCUUAACCGGGCCAUCGUUACUGUUCCUUAAUCAGUACUUUAAUAUGCUAUUUAAUGAGCAUAUUGUUCUCUGGCUAGCCUGUAUAAUCGCAAUUUUGGAUCUAUUCACAUGGUCUCGAAAAGUUUGUCUAGAUAUUUGCGAAUUUUUGGGUAUAUACUGCUUCAGUAUUAGACCACUGCAAUCGGGUAAUAACGGGUAUGAGCCACCAGUAACUCGUUCAAAGACCAAAGAACGCGAUCAUUGA